AUGUCCCUCGCCGCGGCGUCGGCGCGACGCCAUGUGCGAUGGCAGGCGAUGCUGCUGCAGUCGCAGCUGAUCGCCCAGCGAUCGAUCCUUUGCAGACCAACACUGGACCGAUCACAACCGUUCUUCACCUCGCUGGACCGCGCACACGAUCACCCAGUGCACGGUAUCCCUUUCCUCCCUCCCAAGCCCCCCGUUUCCCCGCCAUUCCCCCCGCCCCACGCACCCCUCGCCUCGACAGUGGCACUAUCCUCGUUACAAUAUCACUCACCGGCAGAAUACGACAUCGCCCUGUUGAAGAAUAGGAGACUAAGCAUUUCAUCCGCAAACGUGUUUCCGGCAGUUGCCGGCCAGGCGAUGCCCGACCGUCAGGCGCUACCAGCUAGCCGGCAGGUCGUCCCGCACCACGUGCGCGCUGUGCAAGUCGUCAUCCCUCAACUCACUUCUGCGCGGCCAGUCUCUGGGCGGUCCGAGGGCGAAGCAGUCAGAAGCAGGGCGGAGGGGGAGGGGGAGGGGGAGGGGAAAGUGGAGGGGAAGGGGAGGCAAGGCGGGGACGAUGGGGACAAAGGCGAGCAGGAGAGCAGCGAUGGGGGCGAGCACAGUGGGAGCAACAGCAGCGGCGGCAGCAGCAGUGACGGCAGUAGUGGCAGCAGAGGCAGGCGAGGGGUGAGUAGUGCCUGCCACCCACAUGGCUGCUGCACUCCCCUUCCACUCUGCCCCUUCCACUCUGCCCCUUCCACUCUGCCCCUUCCACUCUGCCCCUUCGCGCGCUUGUCACUGCUGCCACCACCACUCGUGCACCGUGCCAUGCCUCAUGCUCCGCCCUUCACUCACUCCCCUCCUCUCCCCCCUUUCCCCCCCCGGCAGCCAGUGACGUGGGCGAGUCUGGCGCUGCUGCUGCUGACGGGAGGCGCACUGCUGACGUACUUCGAGAGCGAGAAGCGCAAGCGACUGGAAGCGGUGAGGGAGCUAAAGCCGGUGGGCAAGGCGGCCAUAGGGGGCCCAUUCACGCUGGUGGACGGGCAGGGGAAGACAUUCACAGAUGCUGAUUUGAAGGGGCGGUGGGCGCUGCUCUACUUCGGCUUCACCUUCUGUCCGGACAUCUGCCCCAGCGAGCUCAUUAAGAUCGCCCAGGCUGUCGACCUCGUGGAGAAGCAGGUGGGAGUGAAGGUGGUGCCGGUGUUCAUCUCUGUGGACCCUGAGCGAGACACCGCUGAGCAGGUUAAGGAGUACGUCAAAGAGUUUCACCCGAGAAUGAUCGGCCUCACUGGCACACCAGAGCAGGUGAAGGCAGCAGCGCGGGCAUUCAGAGUGUAUUACAUGAAGACAGAGGAGGAGGGGUACGACUACCUCGUCGACCACUCCAUCAUCUCAUACCUGAUGAGUCCGGAGUUUGAGUUUGUCAAGUUCUUUGGCCGCAACCACACGCCAGAGGGGCUGGCAGACGGCAUAGCAGGGGAGAUCAAGGGCCAUGGCAAGUUUUCAGGCAGGUGCAGUGCGGUGCCGGAGUGCUGCCUGAGCGUGCCCACCAUGUGCUUCCACCGCACCAACCGGUCUUCCACUGUCACCUGUGGAGGAG